ACACUGCGCACUGGCAUAAGAAAACUCCGCAGGCGGAAUUUGUUGUUUCCAAGCAACAGCCAGCACAAGAUGUCAGCGAGUUAAAAGUCGGUUAAAGUCGAAAGUAAAGUAUAAAUUGGAACAGACUGAGAAAUAUACGAUAAAAUUAUAAGUUUUGCACAAAAUUCAACUACUACAUUGCAAUAUUUCGGGACCAGUGCUAUGUGACCAAGCCACCAGUGCCAUCUGCCGCGAAAAAAGCAUCCAGGAUUUAGGCCUAAAUCAAACAUCUUUCAAUGAACCUACGCAGUAAGUCUUGUUUAAAAGUUAGUUAUGAGUAAGUCAAGAGGAGAGAGAGGAAAAACUCCUGCCCAGCUCCAGCCACCAACCGUUUCAAUUUCCAAUGACGUUGUUCCAGGAAGAUUUACAGAGACAGAUUGGACCAAUAUCCUUGAUGAAGAGACAACUGAGGAUUUUGUUUCUGAUAUUCUGCAAGAAGUUGUCUCUGAUUCAUUGGAUCAAAUAUAUUACAAAAUCAUUGGAGAGAGGAUCAUUCCCUACACUGUUGAUGUUGCCAAAAAUCUCUUGCUAGAAGUGAUUGAGUGGCAGUUUUUGGUCAAGGACCCUGGUGAAACAGGGGUAGAAGAAGAUAAAACAUGGCUGGCUGAUGAAGAGCCAGAACCAUCAGUGACUGAUAGUUGGGCUCAAGGUAUUGUUCCUGUUGUAACAUAUCAAAGCCAAGCAGAAAAUGUAUUGGAAAAACAAGAGGAAGAAGAAACCAUUGCAAGCGAUCUUGAUAAAAAGGAGGAAUCAUCAGAAGAUUUUGAACCACAAAGCAUGGAGCUUUCUGUGGUGAAUACAACUGACAGUUUGCAAACAGAUGAAUCUUCAAAUGUGGAUAAAAACACAAAAACUGAAAUAGAAGCAGGUGACCACAUCAAGGUCAUCCCAAAACCACCAACAAAGCCCCAGCAAGAUGUAAAUAAACCAUUUAAACCAUACAGAGGCAAAGUGCCAUCUUUUCGUACAAUUACAAUGACACCGAUCAUGGAUGACAAGCGGAAAGAUGAAACGGCGAAUCAAGCUAAUCGAGAUCCAAAUAUGGCUGUUACUUCCUCUGAAUCUGUUAGUAAGAACCAACAUGGUAGACCCCUUGGAACGAGGGACGUUACAUAUGAUCAUAAAGGAGAUGUCAUUCAUGUUAAAAAACUCAAUGUCGAUAAACUUCCGUCUCAUCGAGUAAAAACGCGAUUCGCAGUUGUGGACCCCCUGGAAGAAGAAUACAAAGCUAAGGCUGCCAAUAAAAAGCAAAGAUACAACUUCUUUAGACAGGGGGCAAAAGGCAGAGAAGAAAAUUCUACUGAUGUCAUUGUUGAAAACAGAAGCAAAGCGAAGGAAAUGGAAACAAAAUUAGUUUCACCACUACCGCCUCCGUUGGUGGACACCAUUGAUGUCUCACCUGGUGUGGUCAUCAAAGAAAAGGGAGUGAUAAAGCGAGGCCUCAGACAGCCUCUCAAUCAGUACUAUUCAAAAGACGCCAGUUUCCUUGAGCCACUUGGAAGCAGUGUGCCUGGGAACACCAAAGAUCUGCGAGCGGAAACAACGAUUAAAGUCGGACCAAUAAACAAAAGCAGACCAUUACCAGCCAUUGCAACUCGAGAUUAACAACACCAUUUUGCUUUUUAGCAUUUGUAAAUAUGAAUAUAUUGGAGAACUUUUUAGAUGCAUAUCA